GUGAGGAGCGCGGCGGCAACGCAGGCGCAGUGGGCGCCCGGCGGGCGCCGGUGGCGGCGGCGGGGGGGGGGGGAUGUCCCGCAAGCAGGCGGCCAAGGCGCGGCCCGGCGGCAGGAAGCCGCGGCGGCCCCGGCCGCCCCCCGCCGCCGCCCCGGCCCCGGGCGGCCUCGCCGGGCAGCUCCAGGCGCUCGGCCUCAAGCUGCGGGAGGUGCCGGGCGACGGCAAUUGCUUGUUCCGGGCCCUCGGUGAUCAGCUCGAGGGGCAUUCGCGGAACCACCUUAAACAUCGCCAGGAGACGGUGGAUUACAUGAUAAAGCAGCGGGAGGAUUUUGAGCCUUUUGUGGAGGAUGAUGUUCCCUUCGAGAAGCACGUUACCAAUUUGGCAAAGCCUGGUACCUUUGCUGGCAAUGAUGCUAUCGUGGCGUUUGCAAGGAACAAUCAAAUGAAUGUGGUUAUUCAUCAGCUUAAUGCUCCGCUGUGGCAGAUUCGAGGCACAGACAAAAGCAAUGCAAGGGAACUGCAUAUUGCCUAUCGGUAUGGAGAACACUACGACAGCGUGAGGAGAAUAAAUGAUGAUUCCGAAGCUCCAGCAUAUCUUCAGAUGGAGAUGCUUAGCAAAAAUGAUUUGAAGGAGGAGGAAAUGAAGCCACGGAAGGGUGAAUCUGAAGAUGAAAUUGAAGAUGAAGUGGAAGAUGCUAUACAGAAAGUGUGUAAUGCAACUGGAUGUUCGGACAUUGACUUAAUAAACCAGAUUUUGGAAGUGGAAAACUACAAUGUUGAAUCGGCAAUAUUUGCCAUCUUUCAAGUGAAUGAAGUGGAAAGAAUCAGUACUGAAGAGCGGUGUGAUUCCCAGGACAAAGGGCAGAAAUCGUGCAGCUCAACUUUGUGGGAAGAAAAUGGAAGCGGCUCAAGAAUCUUUGGAAAUCAGAGUUUGCAUCAAGAUAAAAUAGAAACCAAAGGACAGGCUAGAUGUGAUGAAGAGAAUCGAGCUAGCAAAAACACCAAGGUAUCUAAAAAACAAAAGAAGGAGCAGCAGCGGUUAGAGAAGAAGAAGCGGCAGGAAGAAAGGCACCGACAAAAGGUCUUGGCCAACAAGACUAACUGUGCAGAUAGUAACAGGAGGGAGACGGACUCGGACACUCAGGUCACCCUGGUGAAGGCCCUGGCAGCCCUAAACAUAUGAAUGAACGUGUUCUGAGUGCUCUAGUGCGGAAAGCAAAUAAAACUGAUGAAGACAAAACUCCUCUUCAGAACAAAUUUCCAAGCACCUGUUAUCUUAAAAUGAGUUUCUGCGGAGAUCUUCAAGCGUGCACUAACUUUCUGCUUCUCCAGUUGCAGAAAGAACAGUUAUUUGGCAAUACUGCAUCAGCUGGUGUACGAAAAGAGUUUGAAGUUAACAAAAAAGUAGAGACUUAUUUAUUAUUUUGGAGUUAGAUGAAGGUGAGAUAAUCUUUUUCUUCACAGUGGUGUGAGUUUUACUUUGAGAUCUCUUGAGGUGCUUAGAUUUCUUUUAUAGUGACUUUUUACUUCAGGUUAAAUUUGGAGGAGCUUUAUUUUACCUUACUGUCAAGGACAGUAUUAACAAGGACAGCGUUUCUCAACUCAGGAACUCCCUUUUUUUUCCUAUUUAAAGUUAGAAAGUACGGGAACAAAAUCCCAGAACCCUUUCCAAAGCUAAAAUGUCAGCUGACAUUGUAUUGUACGUAAGACUUUUCUUUCCUACCUGAGCACUUAGUGACAAGCUUUAAUGUAACCAGAAUUGCUCUUGCCUUUGCACUCAGCUGUAUGCCGUCUGCUUCAGAAGUGAUUAAUAUGUGAAGGGAAAAUGGCGUUGUAGAGUCCGAGCUUGCUUCUUGCAUAAGUUCUGAGAUGAGCUCGUUUGCUGGCUGUCGAGUCCUCCUGAUGUUUUCCUCUUACUGUGUGGGGUGGGGGGGAAACUCUCAUUGGACUCCUGAGACUGCAGAACUGAUUGAUCCAAGCUGGUGAAGUCUAAUGAGGUAGUAAAAUACGACCUGAGCAGGUGUGAGAUUUCUGUUGAGCACAGGCAAAAUGUGCUGUUGCUUGGACAUCUGGAAUCUCAUCUCCUUUGCCUUACGGUGGAGCUUUAGGGCUACAGUCCAAGCCAGGAACUUGAUAGUCGUUAGUCUCCAAAUGAAAUUAUUGUAGCCAAUGGAUCCAAAGUCCUGGGGACAAGCUUCCAAGUAGCAAGAAUCACUGGGAAUCCUGCCUGCUUCACUCUUCAUAAAUCAAGCUUUUUCCAGAGUAGGAUUUUUUUCAUCUUAAAUUCCUCUUCAGAAAGGUCACCAAGUACCACAGAACAUGCAGCUUGAGUUCUGGGGUGCUUUCCACUAUGGGAUUGGGAAUUUGGACUGAAGUGUAAGCGUAGUGGGACUUGGCCCUGGCUUUAUGGCUUGCAGCGUUUCAGCCUCACUCCUUUUUGGGCUUUUAUCAAGCUCUAAGCCUUAAGAAAGCACAUGGGCCUGCACACAAUAGGAAGCAGGAGACACCUCAUCAGCCAGGGCAGAGACUAAACAGAAUUUUUCAAUGUGAGGGAAGUUGCUUUUGGAAAAAAGACCUUUACAUCUUUGAAGUUUCCAAAUUGGCACUGAAAUCUAAACUACUUUUUUGACUGAACUGCCAAGACAAGAUCUGAGCUAGUACUCUCUAUCCCUUGCUACGGUUAUCGGGAGCAUUUGAAGCGUAAAAAGAAUGGAGCUCUGCUUUAAGUACUGGUGGUGUAGGAGAAGAGCAGGCUUGAAUGCUGGCAAGAAAGUACUUUAGUUCCUACAGUAAGCUUGGUGGAAAUAAAAGCAAUACAAAGCAGCUCUUAUGUUUUAUAGUGGGAUAUAGUGUCUGGCAAGUGAAGAAGCGUAUUAUAUGCUGCUUUAAGUGCUGGUGGUAACCAUGAGUCAUUGCUUUUGAGGGAAAUCUGAGCAGUAUUUGGUAGGUAGGAAGAGUAUGGAUGAGUCUUGAAUUCACAGUGCUGUUCUUAAAGUGAAAAAUGACUUUGGUAACUUCCGUUUUAUGCCAACCUUUAGAUGGCCUAUUGUUAGCACUGUUAUUUCCUGGAAUUAUUUUUCCCGAGACUGACUUUUACAGUAGCAGGAAGAAUGGGAAGUCAUAGCUAUACCUGGGAGAAAGUGCAGGUCACUUAAACAGUGUGAUGAGAGUUAAAGGCAGUGGGCACAGCCAGGUACUCCAGGCAGAUGCAUCACCUUUGCCUUGUGCUGCUGCGUGUUGAUUUGAGUAAGGCCGAUGUGUUCUGCAAGUGACUUGUGCAUAAAUUGCAAUGACAAUGUGAGUUUGCAGCUUUGUGCUAAGAAUAAGAAGUUUGACCUUAAUGAUUUGCUUUUUUUCCUUCCUGAGCCAGAGCUGAUGAAAGGAUUAUUGGUUGCUUCAAGCCUGGAUGGCUGUGAAGGGGAGCUGUCCUAUAACCAGGAGACAAGAGGCUCAGCUUCUCCUGUAACCUGUCUUCCUCCAUGACCAGGAUAAAUGGGCAGGCCUGCAGUGACACCACAUCUUUAGUAGGAGAAAGAGAGGCUGACCUUCAGGCUCAUGGCCUGUGAUACCUAUAAGCAAAUGUAGCUGAAAACACUUUAAUCUCCAAGUGUAAUUUGAUUAAAACAAACUCUUAAUGUGCUGCACGGUCUUGUUGGACCAGCCAGAUACUCCUGAUUUUUGUCAGGAUAGCUUUGUACUUAGAAAACCUUUCUUGUAUCUGAAGAUGUUAAACUUUCCUUUGGUCUGUUUUAGAUUUUUUUUUCCCUUUAGCCACUGGCAUUAUCACUAGUAUUUUCACCAACCCUUAUGAUGUGUAUUUUUUUUCUAGGGAGUCUUUAUGCAAGCUUCCUCAGGGAACUCAUUUUUAUGCAAGGAAUCUGCUUCGUAAACGGGUUGUGAAUUUUCCUUGCAGGACGAAGGGAGGCAAGAAAGAAGAGAACCAAAGUCAUGAUUCACUCCUUUGUUGCUCACGCCUGCUCUUUAGUGGAGCUAACUGUGCCUCAUAAUAUGUGGUUGCAGGAUAAUAAACUCUGCGUGUUCCGUUGGUGUUUGUCUGAGAAGAGAUCGCUGUUUGUUACUAGCUACUGUCCACGUCCCAAAUACUGCUCGACGAUCUUAAAUGGACCCGACGGAGUUGAGCAUUUUGCAUGAAACCUCAGUCAGCUCGGUUUUGGGCUAGAGUGGGAUUGCUCAAGAAGGAUGAUGACUUGCGAAGGGUUUUAGCUUGCGUCUUUGUGCCUCUCGAGUGGUUGGAUGGGUGACGACUAAGAGUAUGUUGCUGCUGGGCUGGUGGGGUCACCGUUGGCCUCGAGGUGAGUACGUGGUAGGAUCGAGGCCCUCUUUCCAGGACAACUUAGAAAAUGCAGAGCUUGGCUGCUUCCCUUCAGGCGCUUGUAGACCAAGAACAGUCUCAGCUUGUGAAAGCUUGUCAUGAUGUCCUGUGUAUAGGGGGGCUUCUCUGUACUGCUUGUUUCUGGUGUACCUUGUUGCUUCUUGGAGGGCAUCCAGUUUGUGUUUAACAGUAGCCUUACCUCCUCUGCAGUGCCUGAAUAGCCAAAAUAGUCAUGUCCUCUGUAGUACCUCCAUCCAUAGCAGCGCUCUCGGAAGGUGCCCUGAUUUACUGCUGGAGUCUGUUGAAAACGUGCAAGACUUAUCCUCUUCCCGCUCUGCUCCUGUUAUCAAACCAAAUCUUGUGUUUUUGAAUACCCGGUGCAAUAAAGCCUGCACAGAUGUGCUACUUGAA